ACAGUUGUGUUGAUAAUGACUUAGCAGAAAUAUUGCAUGCAUCUGUGUCUGGCCUAUAUUUGCAUUUUGAUUGUUAUUAUUUGCAGAGUAAUUCUUGCGAUCAGUAGGAUUAACACAAGUUGGAAAGGAGAUCAUAUCUGUCAAUGUAAGGAACUUGGAAAGGACCAAAAUUGCUGUGUUUCUCGUAUCAGGUUUUGGGGCAUUUCUAAGAUUGUAUGGUAUAGCUGGUGUGUCCAGUCCUUGUUACUUGAAUGGUAAUUCAUAGCACUAGCUGAGCAUAUAGUCAUGGGUGGGUGUGCAUCUAAAGAUGGUACAGUGAGGCAAGUACACCCUACUGAUUCACAUACCAAUCAUCAUCAGGAUUCAACACUACCUUCCACUACUCCCCUUCACUCUGACCCCGCCCACUCCCCUACACCCCCUGGUGACUCCUCCCAUACAGGUGAUGUCAAGGUCACAACAGGUGGUGGUGGUGGUGGUGGAGGUGGGGCUUAUAGGACCGGUCCUGGUCCUGCAGCUAUCAAACCAAGCAAGGUCUUAGACGUGGAGUCUGUUGUUUGUAAGGUGGAUGACAUGAAAGACGGAGAAAUGAGAGAGGUGGAUGUAGGAAAAGGCAAAGCUCUUCUUGUUAAAGAGUUAGGCGAGUUCAGUGCUAUAGGACAUAAAUGUACUCACUAUGGUGCACCAUUGGUCAAAGGUGCAUUAUGUAAUGGUCGUGUAAGAUGUCCAUGGCAUGGAGCAUGUUUCAGUACUAAGACAGGAGAUAUAGAAGACUUCCCAGGUCUUGAUAGUGUUCCUAAAUAUGAGGUCAGGAUAGAUGGUGAUAAAGUAAUAGUCAGUGGAAACUCAAAGGAGUUAGCUUCCCAUAAGAGGGUAAAGAAGAUGUGUACAAGAUCACCAGAUGAUGAUAAGACUGUUCUUAUUAUUGGUGGUGGUGCAGCAUCAAUCACAUGUGCAGAAACGUUACGACAAGAAGGGUUCAAAGGUCAAGUCAUCAUAGCAACCAAAGAAAAACAUCUUCCUUAUGAUAGACCCAAACUCAGCAAGGCAAUGAACUCCAAACCAGAAUCAUUAACACUACGUAAUGCAGACUUCUUCACCAUUUAUGACAUCACAAUGAUGACAGAGAAAGAAGCAACAUCUGUAGACACUGUCCUCAACUCAGUAACCUUCCUUGAUGGAGAGAACAUCUCAUUUGAUAACCUACUCAUUGCUACUGGUGGAAAACCUAGAACACUCAACAUAACGGGUAAUGAUCUUAAUGGUGUAUGCUUGCUAAGAAGCCCUGAGGAUGGUAAUACUAUAGCAGAGAUAGGACAGGCAAAGAAUGUAGUCAUCGUUGGAACUUCAUUUAUAGGUAUGGAGGUAGCAGCUUAUUUAUCAGAUAAAGCAGCUAGUAUUACAGUCAUAGGUAGAGGAUCCGCACCAUACAAGGCUUCAUUAGGGGAGAAAGUAGGCAAGGCAUUGCAGAAGCUUGCUGAAUCAAAAGGGGUCCGAUUUGUAAUGGAAAACGGUGUGUCAGAGUUCAAAGGUGAAGGGGGCAAACUGAAGAAGGUCAUCCUCAAGGACGGCCAGACGAUAGCUGCAGAUAUCUGUGUCUUAGGAGUAGGCGUUACCCCAGCAACAGAUUUCCUCAGUGAUAGCAAAUUAAAGAUGACAGAUCAAGGGGCAGUGUGUGUAGACAAGUACAUGAAGACCAACAAGACUAAUAUCUAUGCAGCAGGAGAUAUUGCAUCAUUUCCUUUGGCAAUGGCUGACAAUAGAGAGGUCAAUAUAGGUCACUGGCAGAUAGCUCACGCACAUGGUAAUGUUCAAUUUCAUUUUGUUUCUUCAUAACAUUCGAGAAAGUGCUGUGAAAGAAAUUUAUAAUCAAAUGCAAAUAUUGAUAGCUCAAUUUGAACUAUAAGGAAACGAUUUAUACUUCUGCAAACAAAACAGAUCAGUAGUCAGUUGCAAACAAUUCAAUUGCAAGACUUUCGGUUGAUUUUAAGACCCAAAUUUGAAUUUGAAAGUUGCAGUGGAUUGUAAGUUUCUUUAAAUGCCCGUUCUUCAGUCAUGAAUUCAAUUUAAUCAGUACAUCACCAUUUCAUACAUCUUUGAGCAUUCUGGUUGUAUUAUAAUCAUGAGAACUGAAGAUGUCAAAUUAAUUUCACAGCAAGUCAAAGUGGUAGACUGACCACUGUUUGUGACAAUGGAAUGUUUUGAGAUGUUAUACCCUGGCUCUUUUGAGGGGAUUUAUAUUAUCUUGCAUGCGAUUCUUCAACUCAUCUUUAUUUGAUUUGUUUCAAUUUGCUUUUGUUUUCAUCUUCGAAUGUUUGGAGACACAGGAUGUUAACAUCUUGGCUCUUCUUAUUUAUUGGAGUUUGCUUGACUUUGCUUGCCCUACUAUAACUCAUUUGUUAUUUAUAAUUUUCAUAUUUGUUUUUUUCUUAUUUUUUUAAUUUCAAUUCUUAUCAUUUGCUGCUGCUGUAUUUCAUUGUGCAACAAGGUUAACAGACUAACUCUACUUGCUAUUGUCCAUUUAUUUAUUUGGCGCAUUACAAAGUAAGAAAUACAGAAAUGUUUGAACUAGUUGACCUUCUCUAAGUCCAUUAUUCUUUAAGUAAAAGUAAAACUUUUUGACACAAGAUUUGGCAAAGCAUGUCUCUUCUAUAAAGAAUUUUGGUUUUGUUUGCCAUUCAACAGAGAUCCUGAAAUUAUUGACAGUAUCAAUAAUACCAACAAUCAUAAUAUUUGUUUGAUGCUUCAUAAUACUGUUCUAAGCGCAUUGUGUUCUGUCUACACAAUUGACAACAGGAAUCUAAAAUGUAAUUGGUUAAUAAAAAUACUUAGCAACCAAGGAUGGUGCCAUGGUUUUUUUAUAAGGGGGGGAGCAAGACUACUCAAAGGUGACAUCAAUUUCUCGAUAGAAUAACAGAGGUAUUAUAGAAUUGACUCGAAUGUUCUUCUUUAUACUCUUAUUUCUUCCCCUUUUUUUUCACUACUUAAAAAUCCCCCCCCCCCCCUGCACUGACCCAACCUACAUUUGAAAAUGAGAGCAAACUAACAAGCAAUAUGAAAAUGGAAGCUUAAAUGCAAACAUGUGCACCUCAAUAUUAAGGAAGAACAUUGAAGUUAUACUCUUUUAAAAUCAUUAUUUUUGUUCAUAUUUCAUUAUUGUUUGAUUGUGAAUGAGAUGAAUUUUUAUCUCCAGUGCAUGUUUUGCUUUGUUUAAUCAACAUUUCAUUUUAGUUUAUUUUCACCACUUAACAUUCGAAACAGAACUGACAGAUUGUUUGGUGUGAUUUCAUUUUUUCUGGUAAUUCCAAUUAGUCUUUCCAUUGCUCAUCCCCCCCCC